CUCCUAUGGACUGGACGAUUGCAUUCUGCUAGUGAUUCCUAUGAACUGUGCUCCUGUACAUUCUCUAAGUCUGUCAUUGCAAAUACUCCAAGGGACAUAUUAAUAAAGGAACAUGGAGAUGCGGGUCCUUUGCCUGUUGCUCAUUGCUGGAUCCAUGGCACAAGAAGACAUGGACAGAAAUGUCUUCUUCUUCUCAAAAAAGUCUGACGCUGAUUAUGUGGUUCUGACCCCAAUGGUGGCUGAGCCUUUAAAUAAACUCACCGUUUGCUCGAGGAGCUACACAGGAGGCGGAACAUAUACCCUUCUUAACGUGGGCACACCAGAGUUACGGAUCAGCGAUAUGUUUGUUAUUUACCUAACCACAUCUGGUUAUAACCAAAUAUCACCAUAUUUUACUACUACUAUCAUUGCAAACAACUCAUGGGUAUCCAUGACAGCAAAGGCAGAUGUUCUGGACUGGAUGCACAUCUGUAUGACCUUCGACUCUAACACUAGAGUUCUACAGCUUUGGGUUAAUGGAAAAGUCUACCCUCGCACGGUCCUGCAGAAAGGCUCUUCUAUUGAUCUACAUCACAGUAUUGUCCUGGGUCAGAAACAGCGAAAAACAAGGGCCUCCAAUACACGCAAUUAUGUGUAUCAAUGGGAUACUGGCUCUCUCUUUCAAGGGGAAAUAAGUGAUGUCCAUAUGUGGAAUGAGGUUUUAUCUCCUGAGACCAUAAGGAAGGUUCUGCUAAAUGAUAGGGAUAUAAACGGCAAUGUCAUUAGCUGGAGGUCUCUGAACUACACUAUUAUAGGAGAUGUGAUUGUCCAACCCAAACUCCAGUGUAGAUAUGGCAGUGAGUCUGGCAGCUCAUACAGUCAGUGCUCUAUGGAUUAAUGCAGGGGGUCCCCAACAUUUUUUACUCAGAAGCCACACUCAAUAGUAAAAAGAGUUGGAGAGCAACAUAAGCAGUGGCAUAACUAGUUAUUACUAAGCCCCACAGCAAAUUCUUUUUCAGGCCCCCGAGGUUGACCUGUUUCACCAAUAUUGAUUGAAAUAUGACAUAAGUUAGGGCCUCAUGGGGCCCCUAUACCUGCAGUCACAGGGUCUGCUUCCUCUAUAGUUACGCCCCUGAACAUAAGCAACAUAAAGGUUCAUGUGGUGCCAAAUAAGGGCUGUGAUUGGCUAUUUGGUAGCCCCUUUGAGGACUGGCAGCCUACAGGAGUUUCUAUUUGGCAGGAUAUCUGGUUUUUAUUCAACCAAAACUUGCCUCCAAGUCUGGAAUUCAAAAAUAAUCACCUGCUUUGAGGCCACUGGGAGCAACAGCCAAGGGUUUGGUGUGUUUUGUGACCCCAGUGGACGGCAGGUGACAAACCCAAAGAAAUAUCCCCAUUAAUUCCUAUGCAAAUUGCCUGUACCCUCAGAUGCACUAGCAGGUAAGGUCAUUAUCAAUAGAUAAUACAAUAGAGCACAUUUUCCAUCAAUAAUCGCUUAAUUGUACAAUAAUUCUUUAAUCGUUCCUUCUUUUAUCAAUUAUCAUCUCUUUAAGGGAUCGUUGACCUUUAAAUUAAGGGGCAGGUUUAUCAAGGGUCGAAGUGAAAAUUUUCGAAUUUCAAAUUUCGAAUUGGAAUUUUAAAUUGGAAUUUCGAAUUCAAAUUUUGAAUUAAAAUUUUCAAAUUUUUUUAUGGCCAAAACGGUCACAUUUUUACAAGGAGUUGUUAAAAUUCAAUUUUAAAUUUUUUAAAAAUUCAAAUUCAAUUUUCUAAAUUUAUCAUACACUGGCCAUUUAAGAACUCGAGAAAUUCAACUAUUCGCCACCUUAAACCUUGCUUUUUUUAGCCUAUGGGGGACGUCCUGGGAUCAAUUUGGAGUUGUUUGCUGCCUUCCUGAAAAUCUAGUUGUUUUCGAUAAAAAAACUCAAAUCGAAUUUGAUUCGAAUUUGAUUUAAAUUUGAUUCGAAUUUGAUUCAAAUUUGAUUCAUUUGGGUCGAUCCUAUUCACCCGAGUACAAAAAAUUAGAUUUAUAGAUAAAUUGCAGUUGGUAGAAUUACGUGUUCAUGGGAGUUCAUCAAGUUCAUGGUUCAUGAACUCCAAAUUGGACCCUUGAUAAAUUUGCCCCUUACUGUCAGUAUGACGCAGAGAGUGAUAUUCUGAGACAAUCUGCAUUUUUUUUAUUUUUUGUGGGUUUUUAUUUUUUAGUUAUUUAGCUUUUUAUUCAGCAGCUCUCCAGUUUGCAAUUUCGGCAAUCUGGUUGCUAGGGUCUGAAUUACCCUAGCAACCAUGCAUUGAUUUGAAAAAGAGACUGGAAUAAGAAUAGGAGAUGCCUGAAGUGAAAGAUGAGUAAUAAAAAGAAGCAAUAACAAUAAAUGUGUAGCCUUAUAGAGCAUUUGUUUGUUUAGAUUCAACUAUAAAAAAUAAGCAAUGAAGGCCAAAUAAAAAGUUGCUUAGAAUUGACCAUUCUGUAACAUUUUACGUUACCUUAAAGGUGAACCACCCGUUUAAGUUAGUGUAGAGCUUUCUGGUUAUAUUUAACACUUUUUUGUUCAUCUGGACUGACACCUGACCCCUGUACAAAAUGUUAUGAUAAUGUGUGUUUCUUUAUUAUGCUUUACACCUUUGUUAAUCUUUAUUGUAUCCACACAAUGACAUGAUAUAUGGCCAUAUUAAGGGAAUAAUAACAAUAUGCUUAUUUGCCAAUAAAAUAGCAAUAAAUGAAA